AAAAAAAGAGAAAAGAAUAAAGGAGAAAAGACUAGAAGCUUUCCCAUUUUUGUUUUCUCCUCCUCCCCGUGAACAAUCAACCAUGAAACCCACUUCUCCCAUCUUUUCUCUUUUACACUAAUUUCUUCAAAUUUCAUCUCUAAUCAACUCUUCAUCUUCUCCCAACACCUUUCCAAAGAAGAAUUUGAAGAAAAGAAGGGAAAUUAAAGAGAAAUUUCAAGGGUGAGGGAGAAUGAAUAGUAACCAAGGAUUAGGAAUUGAAAGAAGUGGAAAGGAAAAGUGAAAGUUCCAAAGGAAAAGAAAAGGAAGAGUAGAGAAGUAAAGCUUGUAGAAUAUUUUGGCAAUUCUAAGGUUGUAGAUUUAAGGAACAGUAGAGCAAGAUCUGCAUCAACCCAGUCAGAGUUACAUCAUUGAGUAUCCUGGGGAUGUCUGAAGAAUUGAGAGAACUUCAAGUUGGAGAAGAAGUAGAAAGUCAUGUACCGACUGAGGCUACCGGCCAUGCACUGCCACAGGCUCCUCCUGGUGCUAGAAGGCCAGAGCAGGAGGCCUUAUUACAGCAAUUGACAGAGAUUUUCAGGAAAGUGGCCGGAGUAGCUCAGCCAGCUAUAGUUCCUCCACCGGCUCCUGCACCAGCACCAGCUAGGCCGCCUAUCGAUAAAUUGAGAAAAUAUGGUGCCACAGAAUUCAAAGGACGAAAGGAAGAUGAUGCAUCCACAGCAGAAUAUUGGUUGCAAAGUACAGACAGGGUGCUUCAGCAGCUACAGUGUUCCCCAGAAGAUAGUCUACUAUGUGCAGUGUCACUACUGAAAGAAGAAGCCUACCAAUGGUGGGAUACUGUGGCACAGACAGUGCAACCAAUGCAGAGGACAUGGGAAUUUUUCUUGAAUGAGUUCAGGAAAAGAUACGUAGGAGACAUAUAUAUGGAGGAGAGAAAAAGGGAGUUUAUCUAUUUGAGGCAGGGACGUAUGACAGUAGCUGAGUAUGAAAGGGAGUUUAUUCGAUUGAGCAGAUAUGCCAGGGAGAUGAUUCCUACAGAGGAGGCAAAAUGUAAAAGAUUUGAGCAAGGGUUAAACACUGAGAUCAGGAUGCUUCUAGUUGCUCUUCAGCUCAGAGAUUUUUCAGCACUGGUGAAUGCAGCUUUAAAUGUAGAGAAAGUGAGGGAAGAAGACCAGAGUAGAAGACAGAGGAGUCAGCAAAAAAGGACUCACAGUCAGAGUCAGAGUCAAGGGCAAAUGAUAGCUUCACAGGGCUCUAGUAAGAGACAGAAAAGUUUUCAACCCGCUAGAUCAAGCCAGUCUCAAUGGCAAGGCCAAAAAUCAGCUCAGAGUUUAGCAAGUGGGUCUGUUCAACAGACUGCUUCUGUGGCCAGUUCAGGAGGCUCAGGAAGAAGUCUUCCACCAGAGUGCAACCAUUGCAGAAGGAGACAUACUGGUACUUGCAGACUGCUGACGGGAGCCUGUUUCAUAUGUGGGUCUAUGGAUCACAUUAUGAGGGAUUGUCCUAAGAAGCAGACAGCCUCAACUCCAGCAACUAAAAGAACUGCACCAGUAACUCAGAAGACAAGAAGCAAAGGUAGAAGUGAGCCGACAGGUACCUCUAGUCAAAGAGUGUCAGAGACUGUGGAUAGACCGGAAUCUAGAGCACCUGCCAGAGCCUAUGCUAUCAAAGCCAGAGAGGAUCAGGAUUCCCCAGAUGUUAUCAUGGGUACAUUUUCUAUCUUUGGCCAGUCUGUUCAUGCUUUAAUAGAUCCUGGUUCCACACAUUCUUAUAUUUGCAUGCCUAUCACAAAUAAAGAAGAACUACAAGCAGACAUACUAGACCAGGAUAUAGUGGUAACUAAUCCUCUUGGCCACAGUGUGGUUGUCAGUAAAGUAUUUAAAGAUUGUCCCAUCUUGAUUCACGGUCACAUUUUUCAUGGAGAUUUGAUUGAAUUACCUUUUCGGGAGUUUGAUGUGAUCCUAGGAAUGGAUUGGUUGUUUAGACACCAAGUUAUAGUUGAUUGUAGAAAGAAGAGAAUCACGCUAAAGACACCAGAAGGUGAAGAAGUAGUAGUUGUGGGCGAGAGAUCAGAUUUUCUCUCCAAUGUUAUUUCUGCUACUGCAGCCAGAAGAAUGAUAAGAAAGGGUUGUGAGGCCUACUUAGCCUGUGUUUUGGAGGCUAAGAAGGAGAAACCUAUGGUGCAAGAUAUACCUACUGUUUGCGACUUCUCUGACGUCUUCCCAGACGAAUUACCAGGAUUACCUCCAGAAAGAGAAGUAGAAUUUGCCAUAGAAGUUGUACCAGGCACUACACCCAUAUCAAUUGCUCCGUAUAGGAUGGCUCCCACAGAAUUAAAAGAAUUAAAAGUGCAGCUACAAGAAUUACUCGAUAAGGGUUUCAUACGCCCCAGUAUCUCUCCCUGGGGUGCACCAGUGCUAUUUGUUAAAAAGAAGGAUGGUUCACUGAGAUUGUGCGUGGACUACAGACAACUCAACAAGGUGACUGUCAAGAAUAAAUAUCCACUACCCCAUAUAGAUGAUUUGUUUGAUCAGCUAAAGGGAGCGGGUGUCUUUUCUAAAAUUGACCUAAGAUCAGGUUAUUAUUAG